AUGGCCACACCUGACUUCACCUGGGUGGAGAAGUGCAAUCCUACCACGUCCUUAGGCAGAAGCCAGAAGCCAGAAGCCGCCAAAGCUGCCCUCAUUGCCAUUGAGCGGAUCCCGAGCGAGGCCGAGGUGGAUCCCGAGCGAGGCCGAGGUCACGUGCAGAGGACUCGCCCACAAGUGGGCGAGCCGUUUCGCGUCAGCGGGACCCCAUUGGCCAGCGGGGCCUGGUUGGCCAGCGUAGCUCCGCCCCGAGGUCACCUCAAGGCUAUAAGUCUGCGCGAAGGCCGCCGCCAGCUCUCUCUGGGGCGUGCUGGGCGGAAGGAGGACGACGAGGACGACGAGGAGGACGAGAGCAGCAGCAGCGGCGGCGGCGAGGAGGAGAGUAGUGCCGAGAGCUUGGUGGGCAGCAGCGGCGCGAGCAGCAGCGACGAGACGCGCUCUCUGAGCCCCGGCGCCGCAAGCAGCAGCAGCGGGGAUGGGGACGGGAAGGAGGGCCUGGAGGAGCCCAAGGGACCGCGGGGCAGCCAGGGCGGCGGCGGGGGCGGCAGCAGCAGCAGUAGCGUCGUCUCGAGCGGCGGGGACGAGGGCUACGGAACCGGGGGCGGCGGAAGCAGCGCGACCUCCGGAGGCCGGCGAGGCAGCUUGGAGAUGUCCUCGGAUGGGGAGCCCCUGAGCCGCAUGGACUCGGAGGACAGCAUAAGCAGUACUAUAAUGGACGUAGACAGCACAAUUUCCAGUGGGCGUUCAACUCCAGCCAUGAUGAAUGGACAAGGAAGCACUAAUUCUUCAAGCAAAAAUAUUGCCUAUAAUUGUUGUUGGGACCAAUGCCAGGCUUGCUUCAACUCCAGCCCAGAUCUGGCAGAUCACAUCCGUUCCAUACAUGUAGAUGGUCAGCGAGGAGGGGUAUUUGUUUGCUUAUGGAAAGGUUGUAAAGUAUACAACACUCCAUCAACUAGUCAAAGUUGGUUACAGAGACAUAUGCUAACACACAGUGGAGACAAACCUUUCAAGUGUGUUGUUGGUGGCUGCAAUGCCAGCUUUGCUUCUCAGGGAGGGCUAGCUCGCCAUGUACCCACGCACUUCAGUCAGCAGAAUUCCUCAAAAGUUUCUAGCCAGCCCAAGGCCAAAGAAGAAUCUCCUUCUAAAGCUGGAAUGAACAAGAGGAGGAAACUAAAGAACAAAAGACGCCGUUCCCUGCCACGACCGCAUGAUUUCUUCGAUGCACAAACACUGGAUGCGAUCAGACAUCGAGCCAUAUGCUUUAACCUCUCAGCUCAUAUAGAAAGUUUAGGGAAGGGGCACAGUGUUGUUUUUCAUAGUACUGUAAUAGCUAAGAGAAAAGAGGAUUCUGGAAAGAUAAAACUUUUGCUUCACUGGAUGCCUGAAGACAUUCUGCCUGAUGUAUGGGUGAAUGAAAGUGAACGACAUCAAUUGAAAACUAAAGUAGUUCAUUUAUCAAAGCUACCCAAAGAUACUGCCUUGCUUUUGGAUCCAAACAUAUACAGAACAAUGCCGCAGAAGAGGUUGAAGAGGUAAAACAAAUCAAUACAUAAAAGAGCAAACAAGCGGGGACACCUGCAGUCUUAGUCACUGACAAUGGGUUUAGGAAAAGUUGCACAUUAGAGACAACCCCCCCUUUUUAAUCCAGUAUUUAGAAUAAUAUUUAUGCUUAGUGUAAACAUUCUGUGAAUGAAGUAGAUUCUUCUGUGGAAUAUAUUAAUAUAUUUCUGUAUAUCCACAUUUUCAUGGAAUGGUACUGUGGGAGACUGAGCAAACACUCUUGGCAACUUAGUGGAGGCUUUGCAUGCUUGCUGCUUUAAGCUGCUGCUCCCCCCUUCAGUGAUCUCACUAGUUUAUAUUGGAAAGAGAAACAAUUCCAACAUGUAUCCUUAAAAAUACCAAAAGGCACUGUAAGGAUAAUUGGCUUGACAGUGUCUAUUCAUUUGAAAUUGUAUUAGGAAGUAUUUAGACAAUGAAAAUCGAGAGAUAAUUUACUUUUCAAUUAUGAGUAAUAGAUGUGAUUGGUUGCCAUUUGUGUUCUUUUGCAGAACUCUGAUAAGAAAAAUUGUUCAGUUUGUAUUUAAGCAAACUGAAUGACGUUUGCAAUCAACUAAAAAUCCUUCUAUCAAAUUAGGGCAGAGAGUUACUGUUGCAGUCUGUCUGGUGGCUCCCCUUUCAGGAUUAGGGUUUUCUCAUGGAGUACACUAUGUUAAUAUUUGCCGAUCAAAACUAAUCUGUUAACGGUUUUUGAAAACCUUUAUUUCAAAUGAUUUGAAUGAUCCUCAUAUUUGCAUUUUAGCCUAUAUAAGACUAAUUCCACCACCACCCCUUUUGACAAAUUCAUUUGGAUUUUGAGUUGUUUUAAUGUAAAAAAAAACUUGUAUUUUUUUUAAAGUAUCUUCAAACUGAAUCUUUUAUGCACCAAAGUUGGUUUUGAAAAGAAAAAUAAAAUCACUUUCUUGCUUGGUAAGCAAGAAGCCAUAUGGGUUUUUUUAACUUACAGAAAUGGAAAUAUGUGUAACUUGUUAGUAUUGUAUCAAAUGUUGCAUAGAGAUAAUAAUAGUACAUUGCUUGUAAAUACUUCAGCAGAUUUGUAAUAUAUUUUUAUAUUAUGAAAUGUACUGUAGAUGUUUUUUCUAGAGGCAUGAAAAUGUAUAUAUUAUGGUAGAUAUAAUAUUGAAGGAUAUUGUAAUUCACUAGUGCUGCCAGAGGAAUUGUUAAUAAAGCACCUUCUUUAACAAUAAAUGUCUUUCGCAGACUUAAAGGACUAUGUACUACUGUUAGUAUCUAUAAGAACAAAACACAUUGAACAUCCUUCCAGAAAGUCUUUGAGGGAGGACCUGUACCCAUAAUAGAAUUAUGGCACUCAUUGCUGACAAUGACCGUGUAGUCAGUUAUUUCUUUACUGUUGGAAGAACAUAUUGUAAAGUAUGUUGUUAUAUGCAGUCAAACUGCAGAAAAUACUCCCGAUUGAGGAGUUUUCACUUUAAUACAGUAAAUAUAAAAACCAGCAGUUUUUACACUAAAAUUUUAAAAGAAACAAAGAUAUAGAACCAAGCCUUUGGUUCCAAAAUGGAAAGAACUCCAUAUGAUACAUCAGUCAUUUCUCACUUGCUUUAAAAAUUUUUUAUUAAUAAUGGGAGAAUUUAUUCAUUACAAUGGGUUAAAGAGAGGUAUAUACAUGGAAUGAGUCGUAAAGUUUAAUAAGUGCAAAUUCAAGCACUGCUAUAAGACAUUCUGGAAUGGUUGUUUAAUAAGGGUAUUAUCCAUGUGAUCUGUAGCAAUGUGAUUUUAUUUAAAAAAAAAAAGAAAGUGUGGUUUUAUUUUUUUUCUCAAGCACUUCAUCAUUGCUUAUCCUGUAUCUAAAAAGUACUCUGCAAUCUCCUUUUUUGUUUGUUUGUUUUGGCUUUUAAUUUUGACUUACGAAAUUGCCAAAUAGAAAUGUUUCAGAUUUAUAAUUUGUACUUGUAUUUUUAUUUUAUUGCUUCAUGUUCUUAAUUGUCAUUCUUAAUUGACGGAUGAUUGUAGACCUUGCCUAAGUAUUUUUUCUAAUAAAACAGAGCAAAUUACAUUUAGCAUCAAAAUGGUAAUAGUUCAAUUAAAUUUUAAAAUGACUUAUGAAAAUACAUAUCUGGUGCUUUCUUUAGGGACCCAUGAGUAAAUUACUUUUUAUCCAUGUACUUCAAAACCAGAUUUCAUGGUUAUUGAUUGGCCUCUAGUAUUCCAGAUCUUUUACUGCUUAUCUGCCUUUGAUUCCUUACUAUUUUUUACACACCAGAGAAUGUGGAAUUAAAAUGAGCUAAUUUUAUAACUUAACUAUAUACAUCCAGUUAUGAUUAAGAAAAUAGUGUGAAAUUUUAAAUUUGUAAUGUUUAUUUAUGGAUGUCCACUCAUUUAUAUUGUUCCUCCUAACCCCAAAGUACGAUAUAUACAUAUAUAUAAUCGGGCACCUGAAAUAAUCAAUCUCUUAUUUGAAAUUCAUCAUUUAGCUUGCAUCUAGUGAAUUACAGCCUAUAAGCACACUCAUUAAUUUACAUGUUGUCUGUAAAAGAUUUCUGUUAGUUGUGGCAGAGUUGAAUGGUGAAUCUUAUGGUCUUAAUUCUAAAAUACUUACUAACUGGCUCUUAAAGUUUGCUGACACGUAGUCUAGUUGAUAAAAACUUUGGCAAAAUACAUUUAGACCAUACAACUUGCAUUUUCUUAUGGUAGUGUUAAUCUUGAAAAAUAAGCCACUAUACUGAAAUUAGUCAACAAUUUAAAAUUUAAGUCAUAAUAUUCAUUGUCAUACCAGAUGCCUGGAAUAGAUGGUCCUUUCCCCCCUAAAUUUUAAAUUAUAUUUCUUAAUAGUUACUAAUAGCCCAGUAUUUCAUCAUUUAUGUUUUGUAUUUUGUUUUAUUAAAUAGGACUAAAGGAGAUUUUGUAAAUCAGAUCAUGUUUAAACCAUAUGAGCACAUCUACUUUAUCUAAGAAAAUUUUGAAGUGGAAAAUAUUGUAAAAUUUAAAGCUGUUUAUUUUUCUAAUAAACUUACCUUUCAUAUAUAAA